GAGAAGCCGCCUGGCUGUGAGCCGGGCGGGUCCAGUGGCUCCCCUAGAGGCCCCGGGCCGAUCCAGUGCGACAGCGCUUGCCGCUGGGGGUGCCGAGGCCUGCGGUGUAUGACUCCCGGUGGGAGCUGGCCUGACAGGUCCUCCGGAGCUUGGGGCCAGGCGGAGGCGACCUGGGGAAAGCAUGCGCUGCCCUUGGCGUCCUUGGCCACUCAGACCUAGUCGGUUCGGUUCCGAAACUGAAUCUCUUAGGAGGGCUGGGAAAUAAUGGAGCGGAAAGAGAGCCCCGUGGCAGGGGCAGGUUCCGCCUCUAAAUCCUCUACACCUGACCCCCAGAAUGAGUGUCUGAAAGGCUGGCUUCCCGUUCUUAAUAACUGCGUCCAAUAAGUCCUGCAACUGUUCCGACAUAAGGGGGACCGGUUGUGGUGUCCAUCGAGGGUCUCCGUAGGGAGGCACAGCAGCAGAAUCACUUUCCCGAGCCUGGCGUGAGGCAGGCAGGCAAGGGUUUGUGGCGGGAGCUGAGGGCCUGUUUGGGGUGCGGUAAGAGUGGGCUGCAGAAAAGAAAUGGCUGGCUCAGGCAGAGACUAAAGGCCAAGCUCUGGACAGGCGCUAAUAAAGUUUGUGGGCCGGUGGUGAUGGCACACCUGUGCCUUGCAGUUUGCAGUCCCGUGUGGUCGCUGAACUCUUGAAACUGAAAGUUUCAGUUUUUAACUUUGUAAACUUAACCAUUCUUGUCUCCUGACUACAGUGUUGUGCAGCACACCUCCAGAGUGAGGCAGGCACCGGGGAGUGGGUGUAGUUUCUGAAGCAGCUGCAGCCACAUAAGGGCUAGACAGACUGUGGCAGGAAGGCCUAUGGCGCGAUCUUGGCUAGGGUGGUGAUUGCAUAGGGUAGAAGGCUUGUGGGUGGGGCACAAGAAAGCUAAUGAGACUGUAGAUAAGAAAAAAGAGGCAACUUGGGCUAAACAAGGUAUCUCUUACCUCUUACUCUGGGGGAGUAAGAGACUUGUGGCUGCAGGUGGUCUAUACUUGAGGGAGUAUGGUAUAGGGUCUUGUUUUCUGAAUAUGAGCUGGACCCCUUGACUAAGGUGGAUAGAGGAGUUUUUACUCUGGGCCACCUCACUUUGGACAUGUUGAUAAUGAUUUUCCCAGAGCCAAGGCCUGGUCUCUGUUAGGUCCUGCAUGGGGCACUGAGACAGUGUGGGACACAGUAUCCCUGGCAUCGGCCUAGAUCUCAUCUAUCAUUGCUAUGUGGAAAGCUGGGAGCCCGUGCUUACCCCCUGCCUAGGUUAGUAUGUGUGUGAAAGUGUACGGUUCAGUCUCACCGGCUCCCAAGCCUUCCUACCAUUGCAGGACUGAGGUCUGUGUAGGCCUUUGACUAACUGGAGUAGACACACUCUGCAUCUGGCUCAGCCUCCAGAACCACUGGCUGCCCAUGAGUGAUGAAGUAUGGCAUCCAAGGGGGCUGGCAUGUCUUUUCCCCGAAAGAGCUAUAGAUUGACUUCAGAUGCUGAGAAGUCCAGGGUCACAGGCAUUGUGCAGGAGAAACUACUGAAUGACUACCUGUACCGUAUCUUUUCCUCUCCUGACCGUGGGCCCCCUGCAGCCACCAGCAGGAAACCCCUGAACUUCCAUAACCUGCCAGAGCACGUGGACCAGUUGCUCCAGGUGGACAGCGAAGACGAGGAGAGCCAGGGACAAGUUGAGGGGCGACUUGGGCCAUCUACCGUGGUCCUAGACCAUACAGGAGGCUUUGAGGGGCUUCUCCUUGUGGACGAUGACCUCCUGGGGGUGAUUGGCCACAGCAACUUUGGCACUAUCCGUUCUACCACAUGUGUGUACAAAGGGAAGUGGGUCUACGAGGUGCUCAUCUCCUCGCAGGGUCUCAUGCAGAUCGGCUGGUGCACCAUCAACUGCCGCUUUAACCAGGAGGAAGGGGUUGGAGAUACACAUAACUCCUACGCCUAUGAUGGGAACCGGGUGCGCAAAUGGAACGUGACCACAACAAAUUAUGGCAAGGCAUGGGCAGCGGGGGACAUUGUGAGCUGCCUCAUUGAUCUGGAUGAUGGUACUCUAUCCUUUUGCCUGAAUGGUGUGUCGCUGGGCACCGCCUUUGAGAACCUUUCCAGGGGCCUAGGAAUGGCCUACUUCCCAGCCAUCAGCCUGUCAUUCAAGGAGUCUGUGGCAUUCAACUUCGGCAGCCGUCCUUUGCGCUACCCAGUUGCGGGCUUCCGGCCCCUGCAGGACCCUCCAUUUGCUGACCUGGUGCGGGCACAGAGAUUGCUGGGCUGUUUCCAGGCGGUGCUGAGUGUGGAACUGGACCCUGUGGAAGGGCGGUUGGUGGAGAAGGAGAGCUCUGAGUGGCAGCUGCAAGGGCAGCCCACUGUCCUGCUUACACUGGCCCACAUCUUCCAUCACUUCGCACCACUUCUGCGCAAGGUUUACCUCGUGGAGGCUGUGUUCAUGAGCUUCCUGCUGGGGAUCACGGAGAAGGGCACGCCUGAGCAGGCACAGGCUGUAGUACACCAGAUCUUGGACCUCUUGUGGCUCUUCAUGGAGGACUAUGAGGUACAGGAUUGCCUCAAGCAGUUGAUGAUGUCUCUGCUGCGUCUCUACCGGUUCUCACCGAUUGUUCCAGACCUGGGUCUACAGAUCCACUACCUGCGCCUCACUAUUUCUAUCCUGAGACACGAGAAGUCCCGCAAGUUUCUGCUUAGUAACGUCCUUUUUGACAUGCUUCGGUCCGUGGUCUUCUUUUAUAUUAAGAGUCCCCUGCGUGUGGAGGAGGCUGGCCUGCAGGAACUCAUUCCCACCACUUGGUGGCCCCAUCGCUCCAGCAGGGAGGGCAGAGACAGUAAGGAGGCAGAGGAGGAGACCGCUGAGGAGCGGCAAAGGAGGCGAGCCUACGAGCGAGGCUGCCAAAGACUCAAGAAGCGCAUUGAAGGCGCGGGGAACCCUGGUGGUGGAGGCCCGACACAAAGUUCUGCCUGCUUCUAUUCCUGGGAGCCUAAGGGUUAUAUUUCCUGCCCCAUCCCAGUGGUGGAAGGACUCCAGGUCCAGAUCUUGAAGCUGCUGUUGGAUAAUAAGGAUGACAAUGGGGGCGAAGCUUCUAGGUACAUUUUUCUGACAAAAUUCCGGAAGUUUCUACAGGAGAAUGCCAGUGGCCGGGGGAACAUGCCCACGCUCUGCCCCCCUGAGUACAUGGUCUGUUUCUUACACCGGCUGGUAUCUGCCCUGCGCUUCUAUUGGGACGAAUACAAAGUUUCCAACCCCCGUGCUGCCUUCAGUGAGGAGGCUUAUGUCCCACCACAGAUCUUCUACAAUGGCAAGGUGGAUUACUUUGACCUUCAGCGCCUUGGGGGCCUCCUCUCACACCUUCGAAAGACCCUAAAAGAUGACCUUGCUUCCAAAGCCAAUAUCGUGAUUGACCCCCUGGAGCUCCAGGCAGCUACCAUGGAUGACCUGGAUGAGGAUGAAGAGCCAGCCCCAACGGCGGCCCAGCGUCCUAUGCAAGCCCUGGCCAUGGGAGGGGCACUGCCCCUGCCCCGGCCAGGCUGGCUCAGUUCUCCAACCCUGGGCCGAGCCAACCGCUUCCUCAGCACAGCAGCUGUGAGCCUCAUGACCCCACGGCGACCUCUGAGCACCAUGGAGAAAGUAAAGGUCCGCUCGCUGAACGUGGAACAGAGGACUCGCGAGGACAUUGAGGGCAGCCACUGGAAUGAGGGCCUGCUGUUGGGGAGACCCCCUGAGGAGCCCGAGCAGCCCCUUACGGAGAACUCACUGUUGGAAGUCCUGGAUGGCACUGUCAUGAUGUAUAACCUCAGCGUCCACCAGCAGCUGGGCAAGAUGGUGGGCGUGUCCGAUGAUGUCAACGAGUAUGCAAUGGCCCUGAGAGACACAGAGGACAAACUCCGUCGCUGCCCCAAGAGGAGAAAGGAUAUCCUUGCAGAGCUGACCAAGAGCCAGAAAGUUUUCUCAGAAAAGCUGGACCACCUGAGCCGCCGGCUUGCCUGGGUCCACGCCACUGUCUACUCCCAGGAGAAAAUGCUGGAUAUCUACUGGCUGCUGCGUGUCUGCCUGCGGACCAUCGAGCAUGGGGAUCGCACAGGAUCUCUUUUUGCCUUCAUGCCUGAGUUCUACCUAAGCGUGGCCAUCAACAGCUACAGUGCUCUCAAGAAUUAUUUUGGCCCUGUGCACAGCAUGGAAGAGCUCCCAGGCUAUGAAGAGACCCUGACCCGCUUGGCUGCUACCCUUGCCAAACACUUUGCUGACCCACGCAUCGUAGGCACUGACAUUCGAGACUCCCUGAUGCAGGCCCUGGCCAGCUACGUGUGCUACCCACAUUCCCUGCGGGCUGUGGAACGGAUCCCCGAGGAGCAGCGUAUUGCCAUGGUGAGGAAUCUUUUGGCACCUUAUGAGCAACGGCCCUGGGCCCAGACCAACUGGAUCCUAGUGCGACUUUGGAGGGGCUGUGGGUUUGGAUACCGCUAUACACGGCUUCCACAUCUGUUGAAAACCAAGCCAGAGGAUGCCAAUUUACCCAGCCUCCAAAAACCCUGCCCUUCCACCCUACUGCAGCAGCACAUGGCGGACCUGCUGCGACAAGGACCUGAUGUAGCACCCAGCUUCCUCAACAGUGUCCUUAACCAGCUCAACUGGGCCUUUUCCGAGUUCAUCGGCAUGAUCCAGGAGAUUCAACAGGCGGCUGAACGCCUGGAGCGAAACUUUGUGGACAGCCGGCAGCUCAAGGUCUGUGCCACCUGCUUUGACCUCUCGGUCAGCUUGUUGCGAGUCUUGGAAAUGACCAUCACAUUGGUGCCUGAGAUAUUCCUUGACUGGUCCCGCCCUACCUCUGAGAUGCUGCUUCGGCGUCUUGCACAGCUGCUGAACCAGGUGCUGAACCGGGUGACAGCUGAGAGGAACCUGUUUGACCGUGUGGUCACCCUACGGCUUCCUGGCCUGGAGAGUGUGGACCACUACCCUAUCCUGGUGGCAGUGACCGGCAUCCUGGUACGCCUCCUGGUGCAUGGUCCAGCCUCAGAGACAGAGAAAGCCACCAGCUCAUCCUGGGAGGGGCUCCGACCCUCUUCCCUACCCGCCCGUAGGAGUGGUAGAGGCUAUGAGGUCAGGAUACUGCUUCAGCCAUUAGGCUGAGAUGAGCGCCAGUCCUAAGAGGCCUUGUGCCCUCCAGGGACAUGAAUCCCAGGUCAGUCAUAGUCGCCAGGCUUUUUCUGCUGGGUUAGGAGCCCAUGGGAUUGGCUCCACCUUUAGCUGAAGACAGCAGGGCUACUCUUGCAGGAGUGUCCUGAAGGAGUUACGCAUGCCCACCAGACUCCACAGGAGUCGUAAGCUUUCCAGCGGCUGGGUGGUAGUAGUAGAUAGGGCCCUCUUUCAGCAGAGGAAGGGCUCAUUUAUUCCUUCCAUUGUAAGAGUGGGAGCUGGGCACCCACCUUCUCCCUCCUUGGUGAGCUUCCUGGCAGAGAAGGGGAGGCGGUAUGCUUACACCACACCCUAACAUCUGCAUUAACUCUUGAAGUGGUCCCAGAGUUUUAAUGCAAGGACUCUUACCCUAAUCUUCAUGGAACAUUUGGUUACUCAAAGAGGUCCUAGGGAAAGCAGGCUCUUGUAGUCCGAGGCCUUAUCCUGAGCUAGGCAGAGCAGAAGGCAAAUUGGGGAGCCUCAACCCCUUUACCAGUGAGUAGAACGAUUAUGGUCCAGGUCAAGGCUCACAUGCAGUUGAAGGACCAGGCACAGCGCAUCCCCCCAGCAUGUCAGUUCUCUAAACUGCAGCAGCAGGCAGGGCAAGCAGCAGGAGGUCUAUGUCCUGUGUGGGGAUACCUAGGCAGUCUAGGUCAUCAUGAGACCGUCUGAGCCUGUGGAACUGGCUGACUCUGAGCCAGCCUUGAGUUGCAACUCCAUGGGAUUGCACAGAUCGAAGUCUUCAGCUACUGCUAGCUGCACACGGCCAUUGAGACCUUUCUUGCCCGGCUCCAGGAAGACCACAUGCUUGUGGACACUGGCCUUGCGGCUGGGUGCAUCUGGUGGCGUAGUGCUGAGCACUGAGGACUGUGCACUCAGCUCCUGGAGUGGACUGGGUGCUCGGGGCCAGCAGCGGUUACGGCAGGUCCGCCGGCAACGUCGGCAGCAGUGACAGCAGCCACGACACGGUGGUGCAAACAAGUAGAGCAGCACCAGCACCAGGCCCACAAUACAGCCCAGCAAUGUGGUGAAGCCUGUGUUGAAAGUCUCCGGCUCAGGCCGCGGUUUAUGCACACUCACAUUGAACUCAAGUGUCUGGUUGUGGUGCAGGCGGGGCCCAGUUGCCAGGCACACAAAGAUGCCAGCGUGCUGCUCUUGUACCUUGUGUAUCGCUAAGCUGCCAUCAGCCAACACAGCAAUGCUGCCAUCCUGGGAGCCUGGUGCAACAAGCAGCUCAUUUUUUGGUGAAACCCAGGCUACUCGCGCAGCAGGCAUGCUGGUGUUGCAGUAGAGCCUCAGGGACUGCCCCACUUGCGUGUCCAGCUGUUCUUCAGGCAGUUCUAAGUCUAGAGCUGCAGCAGCCGAGCAGUUCUCAAACACCCGGCUGUGCUCAAAGAAGCGCACUCUGGAUGCUGAAACCUGAAAGACCAAGCAUGUGUACUCACGCGCAAAAUCCCGCAGGGCACUUAGGCCCCGCUGGUGCCAGCGCUGGAGCAGGUGGUAGAGGCGGCAGUUACAGGGCAGUGGGUUGUUGUGCAAGUAGAGCCCAUUCUUGAGGAAAGCCGGCAGUGCAGCCAGCCUGGAGAUGGAGAUGUGUCUCAGCCAGUUGGAGGACAGGUCUAGAGUGCGCAGGUGGGUUGUUCCCAGACCAUGCAAGUGGUUGAAAGAAAAAGAGGUGAGUUCAUUGCAGCCAAGAUAGAGAUGGCUGAGCAUGUUCAAACCCUGGAAGGCGUCCAGGUCCAAGUGUACCAGGCGGUUAUUGAACAGAAGCAGUCUCUCCAGCCUCCCCAGUCCAUCCAGGUCAUGGGUGUGGAGUAUCUUCAACAUAUUAGAUGAUAGAUCAAGUGUCCUCAAGCCACUGGCAUUGGUGAAGACACCGUGGCCCAGCACAUCCAAUUUAUUGUAGCCUAGGUACAGGACACGCAGCCGGGAGAGGGGUGCUAGCCAGCCAGGGUACAGACGUUUGAGUGCAUUGUGGCUCAAGUCGAGUUCUGCAGCAGUAGCAGGUAAUGCUACCGGCACGUCCUGUAAUCCAUGACCCGCGCAGCUCAGCACAUCGGCAGCACAGAUGCAUUUAUUGGGGCAGUUGUGGGGAGCAAGAGGCAGAAGGUCCUCCAAAUCUGAAGUGCCUAAUCCAGCACCCAGCAUGCACAGUAGUAUGCCUGGCACCAGCAGCCAGGCCAUGGCAGUGACCACCAGGGAAGAGAUGGGGGCAGCUUAGUGCUGGUCAACAGCUCCGUGACUCACCUACUUGUGUACAGGCUUGCCGAUUGUGGUUCCCUGUGGCCCAUGGCUAGAGAGGCAGUGCCGGCUCCACCCUCCCAGCUGGCUUCUGCUCUUCUGGUCUGGGGUUGUGAGCUGGGGCCCCAGCCCUUCUUACUGUUCGCUAGCUUCUCCAAGCGCUUUUCUGACGGGAUUCUAAGUACUCACUAGGAAGUGACUGCUCAGGGGUGGGGACCCAAGCUCCUAUUGGCUCCUGCUGUUAAGGGGUGGGGCAGCCCCAUGCCCCUGACACUUGGAAGACCCAGCAUGACCGCUAGAGGGCGCCAACGUCCUAGUUCACUUGACUGGAAGGCUUACUUCUCUUGAGCAAAAGAAAGUCUCGAGAGUU